AUGGGCGAUGUCCUGGUCCAAUUUUAUCGUGAUCGGCAUCGUUGCUCGUUGGGAUACCUUCGAGAUCUUCAUGCUUGGCAGGGCCAGUAUGACAAGCUAGAGACAAAUCAUUUGUACAUUCAGUGGCUUUUUCCAAAUUAUUUCCAGUCGCAAUACAACGCCACCGCGCCACAAUUGAGCAAACCGGAAGCUUAUGUGUUCCGCAAUGACGGAGAGAUCGCACGAAACUACAUCCAGUCCUACCGUCUGUUCUUGGAUUUCCUGGGCUUGCGGCUGAUUGAUUCCGAGACCGGUGAAAUCGGUCGGGCGCCAAACGGCCGGGGCCGAUUGCAUGAAGCAUUAGUGCUCCGGCAUCACAACCACCUGCGGAUCAGACGUGUGUUGGCUUCCUUGGCAAUAACUGGGUUCGAACGGUACAUGAGCCCUUUGGUAAACCAUUUGCGAUGGGAGAUUCUGGGCAUCAGUCUUCGUUCGACAGAAAAAAGCUCUUCCCUCCGACGGCGCGUGACAGCUUUCCUGCGCACCAUCUUGCCAGGCCGGGAAAAGCCAGCUUUACGUCCUCUCCGAAACAUACCUUCAGCUUUGGAGACUUGGGAGAAGUAUGUCGACGGAGAUUCUUCCCACUACUUCAAAAACACUCGUGCCUCCGAAGAAGACCGUGAAGAGUCGGUCUUUUUCGGCCGAGAUGUUGCCAGGGAGGCACUUGUGGAGCAGGUUGAUGACCAUGCCGCAGCGGAGUGCCUCGUGCCAUUGAGCAGCGGCCACCGUGUCCUGGGUGUGGGCAACGGUGCAAGCACGUCCAUCUUCGCAAGGCGCUGUGUGGAGCUUGGCUUCGGCUUUGCCAGCGCCCUGGAGCCAGAAGUUGUCGCGGGUGCCUUGGAGCGCUUCAAGCCGGAUGUCACCGUUCUGGUGCCAGAUCUCAGCGGCCAAGCUCCGGAGUCCUUUUGUGCUGGCGGCGGUCGCCAGUAUGUGAUGAAGGUGGGUUCUCCGAUGAAAGGAGCACCUUGGCCGGAGUUUGCCCCCAUCUGGCUGCAGCAGGCGAAUAGCCGCGUCGCCAUUUGCAAAGCCUCUGGGGAAGAGGUGGGUGCAGAGCUUGUGGCCGUUGGGAAGGACGAGACAGCUUUGUCGCUGCGUGCCAAGCACGCGCUGGCUGGCGCCAGGCUGCUCAAGGUUCUUCUGGAGGAUGGCGAAGGUGCCUUGCCAAAGCUUGAGCUUGUAUCCUCCACAAGCAAAGAGGCGCCACUUCAAAUCGACUUGAGUUGGGACGAGGACUCUGUGGAUCGUUUCAUCCGAGCUUACCUUUUCCCUCCGCAUGAUCCUGCUGUAGUUGAAGUUCCUGCGAAGAAGGAGACCUACUUCAUCGAGAACAUGGAGCAAUUCAACGACUUCCGCAUGAAGGUUCUGGAAGAGGGCAAUCGAGACGGAAACUUCACUAGUCGAAGCUAUGCAGCAGACACGCAUUGGUACUCGAACGUCGGAGGCAGCAUUGUCAAGAUGGGGGAUUCCGACAUCCACAUGCCGCUGAAAACCUCGGACAAGAAGCACAAGGCCAUCAUUCCUGGGGCUGCCAUUGGCGCCCGGAAGAAGCUGCGAAUGAAUGAGCCACUCAUUGGGCCAAAUGCAGAACGCUACUGCAGUGGGGCUUUGGCCUCUGGUUGGAUCGGAACAUCGCAGCCAUCCAAGACUGAGAAGAUUCCCACGUGCAAGACACCGGAAAUCACAGAAAUCAAGAUCCAGCUUGAAGCACUCCAGCUGCAACGCCUCAAAGAUGGCCGUCUGUCCACAAAGUACCGGUCUGGCCGCCUGCGCUUCGCUGUGGGCCUCGCGCGGCUUGGGAGGCGCGAGCGCGAGCCUGGUGCUUUUGCGGCCCCGCCCCUUUUUGCCUUCGUUGUCUCUGAUGGUGCAGGCUUCCUGGCAAGCUCAGGACGUCAGCGCUUCGCGGCACUGAAUCAACCUCGGCCACGAUCUCUUUCGGAGUUUGAGGUUGAUUUCGAGUCUCCUGUCGGAAGGGGAGCUUGCUCAGUGGUUUUUGCUGGCAAGCACAGAGGCAGCAACUUUGAUGUGGCCGUGAAGGCCAUGAGCACGGCACUGCCCACGGAGACCGGGGCCCUGCCCGUGGCUUCAGGUAUUUGCAAUGAGAGCACAGCCUUCGAUCACCUGCUCGAAGGCCCGCCACACCCCAAUGUCGUGGAGCUGGUUGGUCGAUUCGAAGGUCUCGGCAGCGAGGAUGAGCAGGUGUACUACUUUGUCACAGAACUUCUGGCAGGAGGCUCUUUGGAGGACUCCUUGCAGGCAGGUGGUAUGGAAGAGGCGACAGCGCGGCGCAUCAUCAGGAGCGUCUGCCAGGGACUGGCCAGCCUGCAUGACCAAGGCGUCGUGCACAGGGAUCUCAAGCCUGGAAACGUUCUCUUCAGCAAGGGGGAGGAGGAUCCGAAGCUUAUCGAUUUCUCACAUGCCGCGCUGGUCAGUGGCGACGAGGAGACAUUGACCGGGGAGCUUGGAACGCGAGGUUACGUGGCUCCAGAGGUGCUCUCUGAGAAGCCCUAUGGAAAGAAGUGCGACGUGUUCUCCCUUGGCUGCACUGUUCAUGCGCUCCUCAGUGGCCGUCCGCCGCGAAGGCAUCUUCGUGUUGGCUUUGUUCAACAGCUGCCUAGCUCCGUUUCACCCUCUGCCCGCCGCUUCGUGGAGGCACUCCUGACUGUCGAUCCGAGAAGCCGCCCCUCGGCCAGGGAGGCCUUGGCGGAGAGGUGGCUGCAGGACUGGGUCUUCGGGAAUGCCAGAGGGAAUUGCAAGGAGCAGCAAGUCCUUGGAGCUUAG